UGGGAUGCAUAUUUUCUACUAUCCUAAGUCAGAGGUUAUGGAGAAGAGUAUGGCUUGAAAGUGUAAUGACAGGCAUGCGACUCAGCUGACACUUCAUCUGUGCAACUUCCUCAUUCACUGACUUUUGUUAGUGACUUAACGGCACUCUUCUGAAACCAGAACAAAGACUGACAGCCAACACACACACACACACACACAAACAUCCAGAAAUAACGGCCUGAGAGACGGAGUGGCCCAUGUGAACCACCACCUCCUAAUGAAGUAACACGGUGACUCUGUGGACAUUUUUGGAGCAGGAUACCUUGUGGGGCCGAGGGAAACUGAGAAGGUCAGGUAGAGAAGCUGGUUGUGCUCCGCUGCCAGCAUGCUCCGGCAGUCUCUGAGCAUCCUCAAGCAGCUCGGCUCUGGAGCAAAGUCACAAGAUGCCAGUGAACUGCUACAUGAGGAUCUGGUUAUGGUGGAGCAACGGGUGGAACCGGCCAAGAAGGCAGCUCAGGUCCUUCACAAGAAGCUGCAGGGCUGCAUGCAGAGUCAGAUGGGGCUGGAGGCCGAGAAACGAAUGAAAAAGCUCCCUCUGAUGCUGCUGUCUCUCAGCAUGGCAGACAGCCUCAGAGACUUCGACGCAGAGUCCUCUAUCAGGAAGGUGCUGGAGAUGUGCUGCUUCAUGGAGAAGAUGUUGGCCAGCAUACUGGCAGACUAUGAGGUGAAAGUGGAGAAGGAAGUCUUGGAGCCACUCAACAAGCUCAGUGAGGAUGAUUUGCCAGAGAUUCUCAGGAACAAGAAGCAGUUUACAAAGCUCACUACUGACUGGAACAAUGCAAAGAUCAGGAGCCAGGCCAGCACUGGUCCACAGGCAAAGCAGGACGGGCUUAGGGAGGAAAUGGAAGAAGCUUGGAAAAAGCUGGAGAGCAUCAAGGACCAGUACUCUGCUGAUCUUUAUCACUUUGCUACCAAAGAAGAGGACUAUGCUAGUUACUUCAUUCGUCUUCUUGAGCUACAAGCAGAAUACCACAAAUUAUCACAUGAGUUCCUGGACAAAAAUAUCAGUGAACUUAAAGAGAAUCACAAUCACAAAGAGUCAGGGCUAAGCCUCUCUAACCGGAAGGUCUACGGGGUGCCCCUGCUCUCUCAUCUGUCUCAGAGCAGCAGAAAAAUCGCUGCACCCAUCCAGGAGUGUAUUGACAUGCUGCUAAGAACGGGCAUGAACGAGGAGGGCCUGUUUCGUUUGGCAGCGGCAGCCUCUGUGGUGAAGAGGCUGAAGACUUGUUUGGAUCAAGGAACAGUCGACCACAGCGAGUUCAGCAUGGACCCUCACGCUGUGGCUGGAGCGUUGAAGUGUUACCUGCGAGAACUUCCUGAACCUCUAAUGACCUUUGAACUCUACAAUGACUGGUUUAAAGCAGCAGCGGAAAAAGACUUGUCAGAGAAGCUGGAGCAGUUCAGAGCACUACUGAAUAAACUGCCACCUGAAAACUACAACAACCUCAGGUACCUGGUCCAGUUCUUGUCUCGGUUGUCUGAGCAGCAGGCUGUAAACAAGAUGACACCCAGUAACAUUGCCAUUGUCUUGGGGCCCAACCUGCUCUGGCCACAGGCUGAAGGGGAAGCUGCUCUGUUCGACAUGGCAUCAGCUUCUUCAGUCCAGGUGGUCACUGUGAUUGAGCCUCUUAUUCAGAACAGCUCCAGCCUCUUCCCUGAAGCUGUAGCCUUUGAGAUCCCAGACGAACCUGAGCUCCCAGAUGUGACCCCCGUUGCUCAGUCGCUGGUCUCAGUAAAGGACAAACUGAGCCGAACAGUCUCCUCUUCAUCUUCAGCCUCCUCCUGCUCCUCCUAUCAUACCGCUCUUUCCAAGGCAAACAGCACAGCCUCUCAGGACAGUGCCGGCUUCCUAGUGAAAUCUGGUUCUGUGAGCCGCAGUGGCACCACCACCUGGAUCAGCCCUGCAUCUGAGAUGGCAGCACCAGCACACCCAAGCACAUCAACCAGCUUGUCCUCCAUCAGUCCCAGUCCUGUUGAGGUUUCUACUUCUUGCAUCUCGACAGCAACUCAGAACCCGUUCCCGCCUCCGAAAGCAACAGGAACGGUGCCAAACCAGGGUCCCAUACACAGGCAGUGCUCGGAUCAGGGCCAGCUGGAGCCAAUUUUGGAGGCACCUCCACACUCUCCCACGGCAUCAGUGACGAUCAACACACCAUUUAAAUCAAAAAGAUGCUUCAUCCCCAGCAAAGCUAAGGAGCAGGUGAUAGUUCAGUACACCAACCCGAGAGUCCCGGGACCUCCCAAGCUCCAUCCCCCUCCUCCCCCACCCACAGUCCCAGUUGCUGUGGACACCAGGACCCAGCCGACACCCGCACCGCGAACAUCCACUCACAGAAAGCCUCCGCCAAAAAAGCCUGGAGUCAAAGCCCCAAAAUGUCCUCCACCACUUCCUCCACCAUCACAUGCAAAAGAAGUUCCUGGUUAGUCACAAGCAGCUGCAAAUUACCCUUAGAUACAUUUGUAUUGUUCAGUAUAGUCAAACUGUGCUAUUCCAUGCCUUCCACAAUUUAUUUUGAGUUGAAGUUUUGCAGCAUGAUGUACUUUUUCUGGUCUAAUUGUGUUUUUCAUAACCAAUAUCAUUUAUUUAUUUGUUAGUGAAGCCCUAUAUUUCCUCAAAUGCAACAUGUGCAAAAAAGGCUUUUUUUGGUAUUUAAAAAACACAACACAAUAAAUUAAUCCACUUUGCCAAACACAUUUUAGGGUGGAUUUUAUGAUAAGUCUACACAAGAGUAGUAUUCAUGUAAGCUAAUUAAGUAUGAAAAAAUUACUGUGAACCUUGAGGCUGAAGUGGAAUUUGACUUCAAGUGAUACUUCACCCAAAGUUUGUCCUUCACAGAGGACAGCGGCCGUGGUAGAAGUGAAUCAGAUGCAACAGAUUCCAAUAAAGACUUUGUUUCAACUGGUUUUCAGGAUUUUGGGUGGAAUGUCACUUUAAACUGACCUUAGAUGUUAAACAUGAACCUUUAUGCAAAUAAAAGGAUAUUCAACCUAAUUAAAAACAUCUUUAUUUUAACUUUUUAUCAUUGUAGUAUAUAAUUGGUGUUGACUGCAACAUAUGGAUGUGAAUUGCAUUAUGUACUGCUGGUGCUCAUGCUCUACAUACUGUAUGUAUAGGGGGUCAGUUGAUAUCUUCGUGUACAGUUGUGUAAAAGGACACAAAUGUUCAUUCUUUUAUAAAAAGCAAUAUAGAAGUUGGAGUCAGAGGGUGCACUGAGUAUCUGUGUAGAAGGUCUGCAGCAUCAAGUGAACAAUUACACAAUACAGUUCAGGCUUUAGUUGCAUCUAGCAAACACUAGUAUUAACUUGUCAUAUUUUAUCAGUUUAAUAACAGAUGUCUCUGGUUUAUUUUAAAACUGAUGCUGACGCUGCAAAUGUCUCAUUAAUUCUCUUCCCCUUUUCUUUCUUGGUAGUGUAUUCCUGAGUAAAAACUUGACAAGAAAUUGUGAAAUUAAGCCUGUUUUUCUCCACUUCCUGUCUGUGUUUUGGUUAUUGACCAGGACUUAAAAGGAUGUGUAACUUAUACUUUGAGUAAUGUUGGCAUUUUCUUUGUGAUGCCUGCAAUCUUGACCACAUUCUCUUCACUGCCCACAUCUCUCCUUUGCUUCAGUCUUUUUUUUUUAAGUCAUGAUCUUUGGACCAAACAGCAGUCUCCAUUUCUGUGUGCCAAGCUUCUAAACUUGCAUUAAGUCUUUCACUCCUUUCAGAUACAUUCAGCAGCAGAUUUGCAUCAAAGCUGUACAUCCUUGAAGCAUGAUUGUAUAAAGGUAAAGGAUCC